AUGGUAACAACUCGAGGUGGUGGUAGCACAAGCUCCGAGGAAGUGUUCUCUCCUAACAAGGGUAGAGCAUCAUCAGCAACAAGUGUAGGCAGCAGCACAACAGGAAGCCGCCCCGGUUUGCCGUUGUAUCUCAAGAAGACUCUUGCCAAAGAACUGCAGCGUCGAAUUGGUGGGCCCAGCAAACUUUUCGGGCCGAAAGCGUUGCAGAAGUUCCUCGAUUCGUCGGAAAACAGUCCUGAACACUACGGCAUAGCCGGAGACUUGCUUCGAAGACAAAUCUCCCAGAAGGUAACUCGUUGGAAGCGCUAUUCGAAGGAUCAGUGGAAGAGCCGGGUUCUUCAUAGGUACAAGAUCUCCGAAGAUCCAGGUUUGUCUUCGUCAUCGGAUUCAAGUGCAAGCUCACUCGAAAACGAUCAAGACGACUUGCCCUUGCCUAAGUCACCACCACCAAUUCCCAAGGAAAUUUCUACAGGAAAGAAGAAGACCCCAUCUUCUUCCUCCAAGACACCAAGAGCUGCCACCAAGAAAGGGAGUGCAGUAGCCAAGAAAUCACCAUUCAAGACACCCAAGGUCCCCAAGCUUGUUCCUGAUAAGAAAAAGCCAUCGCCGGUGCCAGAAGAGCAAGUUAGCCAUUUCAAAAUGCCAGCUACAAAGUACCACGAGAUUGUGGUUGAUACCGAUAGGGCCUUUGCGAAUGGUCCCUUUUACGUGUUCAACGUCCAACAAACACUAGAAGGUGUGGGCAAGGAGGCUGGUCGCAUGUUCUGGGGUUAUAUUAUCCUUUUGAAAGUUGAUCUUCGUUGGAUUUUGAGUGACCUCAAGAAAUCCUUCUACCAUGGUCGUAUCUUUGCUACGGACACAGUUUUGAUUUCGCUUCCAGCAUGGGAUUUCAACUUGUACAAGAAUCGUGAUGCCUUCUUGCCAGCUAAUGGUGAACCCGACAACCUGGUCCAAGCCCUUGAUGACUCGCAAGAUCGCUUCAAGAAGGAGAAAGAUGAGAAAUUCUUUGCGCAUUACAGGCUCAAGUUUGAUGGUGAGGCAAUCAACUCAUCCAAUAUCUUUGAGGAGGCUACAGAGGACGAGAAGCUUAAGUCGAAUAUUGUCAAGAUCAAGAGCAAGGACCAUACCGGCAAAGAGAUCGAAGAGUACUAUUGCCGUUUUGUUGUCUGUCGCUCUGAUUUGCAGUCUCGCAAGAAAGGCAAGAUCGAGGAUGAAAAAGCGGCUCUUAGUGCUGCCGCUCAACAGCUCAAGGAUUUGGGGCUCGAUAUUUCCAAAGCAGAUGGUGAUGCUUUGCUGGUUCAUGGUGGCGAUGACGAUGACAACGACAAUGGGAAUAAUGAAGAUGAAGAUGACGAUGACGACUAUUUUGACUAUGAUAAUGACGCUCCGAUGCUUCCGGCUCGUGAUCCUACUCCUGCGCCACUUGGCAACAUGGGAAUCUUCUCUUCAUUAGGACGAGCUGUCGCUAGUGGAGUAGGACUUGGCCAAUCAACAAACAACGGUAACAACGACAGCUUGAAUCAGUCUCUCGAUGAUUUGGUGGAAGUUGCUGCUGAUGUGAAAGCUUUGAUGUCACUACAAAAGAAGCGCAAUUUGGAUGAUAUCGACGAUCUUAGCGGUGGUGGGGAUCGAGUUGCAGAAGACGACGGUGACGGGGAUCGAGUUGCAGAAGACGACGGUGACGCCGUUGGUGGUGAUUAUUAA